UUUAUCGUGUGCGGACGUGUUUGCGGCUGACUUGCGAACUUGAAUCCGAAUAGCAAAUUCCGAGACCGAAACUCAAACCCCGCUCGUUACUCACGCGAAUUUUAGAUGCAGUUUUUCAGCGUUUGGCGCCACAACGAAAAGACUCUGAGACUUUGAUUCGGUUACAUUUACUUUAAAUCACAUCCAAUAAGUGCCAACCACAAAACAAAAGUUCUUUAAUAUGAGUGCCACUUGGAUGAGAACGGCAGCCUGGCUGCUGGGGUUCUACUGCCUCCUCUGCCUGGUUGCGAUGGCACAUGGAGUUAGUAAUUCAGGAGCGGCAACAGUGCCAGUUUUGGCCAAGGAUGUGGUCCACAUGCACAAGACCAAGAGGCUGGACAGACGAUCGGGAUCGGGAGUGGCAGCGGCAGCGGCAGCGGGAACAGGAACGGGAGCGGGUCCUCUGACGGCCAUCAAACAGCCCAAACAACUGGCCAGAAGCGCUCACGGACUCAACAAGAAGCUGCUCAGCCAAAUGGGCUUCAUGAAGGUGAAGGCGCCCAACAGCCACAACAGGAAGCGUUUGGCGGUUGAGUCACGACGCCAUUCCUCGCGCGAUGAUUCACACAUGUUCAUCAUCAAAUUGCCGCCAAAUAUGCACUACUAUGCAGGACCCGCUGCGAAGAAUUCCCUCGGGGAUCACAGGGACAAGUCGGGUGGUGGCAAGAGCAACACUAACGCACCCAACAAGAUGACAGUGGCAGCAACAUCGGCGGACGCACGAGCAACAUCAAGCAUUUCAGCAGCAGCCGCAGCAGCAGCAGCAGCAACAACAUCGCUUUCUGAGGCGUCGGCGUUGAAAGCUAACGGGAAAAAGGUCUCGUUUCCCUUCAGCUCGAACGGUCGCCCCGGUCGCAUCUACCACUGGAACCUGCCCGUCCUCAAGGAGGCUCUCGCCAAGAAGCCCCACUUCGCCCAUGUCUCGGCGGCGGACCGCAACCGGCUGUUGGACAUCCAGAGUGUGCCCACGUGGCGCCAGCCCUGGGAAAACGAGACAAUCGAGAAGAGCUUCAGUGCCGGCGGGGGAAAGGCCAAGUACCGGAAGUCCUUGAAGCCCAAGUCACCCACAUACUACGCACCCUCCCAGGCGGUCAGCAAGCAGAGUUUCCACAAGUACUUCGCCGGGAACGGGAAGCCGAAGGGCUUCUACGUCAUCAAGGAGCACCAGAGCAAGCCGCAGUUCUACCAGAACAUCAUAUCGUAAUACGGUUGUACUUAGCCCCUUAAAUACCCUCAAAAGACUGCGGUGCCGGGCGUUCUGUUUUCAAUCCUUCUAGCAAGGGGACUUCCCCUCUUCCGUCCAGUUUCCAGCUUGGAAUCCUUUUCCGACUACAUCUGAGCUCUUCGCCAACUGUCCAACAGUUGUGAGCGGCAAAGUCUAUUUUUAUAAAACGGCAAUGAAUACAAUAACAGAUGGGCUGGUCCAAGGAGGGAGUAGCCAACAUCAAUCAAUGGUCAACCAUAUCAGCACAGAAGGGGUCAGUUUAUUUUUAGUUUAACGUAUUAAAAAUUCUUAUCUCAGUCAGAUCAAAAUAUUUUUCAAGUACAGCUAAAGCUCUCUAUGAUCCCUUAGAAAGUUUUUAUUCGUCUUGACAAAUCAAAUCCUAAAGAAGAACUAUAUAUUUUCUUGGGCGUUAUUAAAUGACACCCAACUUUAAAGUAUUUUGAAUUGACUACAAGACAUAUCGGUUCGAUCGGAAAACUAAAACCUAUAAAGGACGUCCUCCGAAAGACCAGCCCAAACUGCAUUUAGCUAAGCAACUACGGCAAGCAAUAAAUUAUGGCAUAAUCAAGCUAGGUUUAAGUGCAUGAACGAUUUUGUUUUGAUAAAUAAAUAUUGACUGAUUUUUAAA